AUGUCAAUAUGCGAGUCGGAGACGGCUAGUGGUGAGCCGACCCCCGAUUACGUCACCCAGCGACAGCGUCAAAACAGGGACAGAAACGAGUCGCUGGACGAAGGAGACCCUGGGGAUGGAGCGCUCUCUAGUAAUAUCACUAGCUCCCAAUUAGCUGAAUUUAGAAUAGAAAUGAGACAGUUGAUUACUUAUUUCACAAAAAACCAGACAGCUGAGUUGCGCGAAAUUAGCGCGACAAUGAAAGAGAUCAAACACACUAACGAAAAUAUUGAAGCGUCGAUUGCGGAUUUGACAAAACAGAACGAGGAUUUUUCGAAAAGAUUUGAUCAAAUAGAAAAACAGUUGAAAGAAGACAACGACUAUAUUGUAUUCUUAGAAAACAAAUUAGAAGAAAGUCAGAUGUCCAAUCGGAAAAGCAAUAUUGAAAUAAAAAAUGUGCCAUCAAAGAAAAACGAAACAAAAGCAGACCUCCUUGCAAUGGUUACAAGUCUAGCCACAAAUCUAGAGUGCAGUAUCAGUAAAUCUGAUAUAAAGGAUAUUUACCGGGUGAGAGUGAAGGGCGAAAAUAAAUCCAUGCCAAUAAUACUGGAGACUAAUUCCGCAUUACUUAAGCUGGAACUAAUCAAAGCAGCAAAAGCAUAUAACAGAAAGAACCCCUCAAGGCUGUGUGCCAGGCACCUAGGUUUCACCUAUAAUGAAGACCAACAGAUAUACCUAUCGGAGCACUUGACUGCUAAGGGAUCCCGCCUAUACUUCUUAGCAAGAGACCUCAAAAAAUCUAAGGGCUACAAGCACUGCUGGACGUCCUAUGGCAAAGUCUACGUGCGAAAAACAGACGAGUCCCAAAUUAUCCAGAUCAACUCCGAGGAGCAAGUGCAACGGUUAUUUCAGGACUGA